AUGGGCUCCAGCAUCUUCCCACUCAGCCUGACGCUUCUGCUGUGUUCUGUCUAUGGUUCUCCAGUCUCUGUGGGACAGCUCUCCAGUGAAGCUGAUGCUGGAGCUGGUGAGAUAUUCAAAGACAUUCCCCAAAUCAACUUGGCUGCUGGACUGGACCUCUUUCAGGGUGAUAUCUUGCUCCCUAAAAAUCAGCGAAAUGCCUUAAGAAAUGAGACCUACAGAUGGAAGUUCCCCAUUCCCUAUAUUCUGGGUGAUGACCUAGAACUGAAUGCCAAAGCGGUCAUUCUCCAGGCAUUUGAAAUGUUCCGCCUGAAGUCCUGCAUUGAUUUCAAGCCUUAUGAAGGAGAAAGAACCUACAUUUUCUUUAGCAAGCAAGAUGGGUGUUGGUCCAUGGUGGGGGACCUACAGACUGGACAGAACCUCUCAAUUGGGUCAAGGUGUGACUACAGAGCAAUUGUGGAACAUGAGAUCCUGCACGCUUUAGGAUUUUACCAUGAGCAGUCAAGGAUGGACCGGGAUGACUACGUGAAUAUCUGGUGGGAUGAAAUUAUUGCAGGCAAAGAGCACAAUUUUGCAAAGUAUGAUGACACCUACAUCACUGAUCUGAACACCCCCUAUGACUACGAAUCACUGAUGCACUAUGAACCACUUUCAUUUAACAAAAAUGAAAGUGUCCCCACCAUCACAGCAAAGAUACCAGCGUUUGAUGACAUAAUUGGACAACGUCUAGACCUCAGUGCCAUUGACCUGGAAAGACUGAAUCGCAUGUACAACUGCACUUCAACUCACACCUUUUUGGACCAGUGUUCUUUUGAGCUUGAAAACAUCUGUGGUAUGAUCCAGGGCACCAAGCAUGAUCAAGACUGGGUCCACCAACAGGGCAGUGUGAUGGGGCAGGAGGACCACACACUUUCUGGGCGCUGUAGAGAUGCUGGCUACUUCAUGUACUUCAACACCAACUCUGGCCAGGCAGAUGAGGUGGCAAUCCUAGAGUCCCGAAUCCUUUAUCCAAAGAGAACUCAGCAGUGCCUCCAGUUCUUCUAUAGGACCACAGGAAGCCCUUCUGACAAAUUGAUCAUCUGGCUGAAAGAGGAUGAUGGUACUGGGAACAUUCGUAAGAUGAGGAAAAUUCAAACCUUUCAAGCGGACACUGACUCCAACUGGAAAAUUGCCCACAUAACCCUCAAUGCUCAGAAGAAGUUCCGUUACCUCUUCCAAGGACUGAAGGGCAACCCCAGCUCUUCACUGGGUGGGAUUGCUAUUGAUGAUGUGACUCUGACAGAGACUCCCUGUCCCACAGCUGUGUGGGUCAUUCGCAACUUCAGCAAAAUCCUUGAGAACUCAUCCAUCAGCGUAGUUGAAAGCCCCCGGUUUUACAGCCCUGAGGGCUAUGGGUUUGGCAUCAGCGUGUUGCCCAACUACCAAAACAGUGGCUAUGCUCGUGUUGCCUUCCACCUGUGCAGUGGAGAGAACGAUGCAGUUCUGGAGUGGCCAGCUCUGAACCGCCAGGCCACACUCACAGUGCUGGACCAGGACCCCGACGUCCUGAAAAGGAUGUCCUCGAGCAAAAGCUUCACCACAAGCAAGGACCAUGUUAACUCAGAUAAUGGAGGUAUAAUAUGGGAUAAACCAUCAAUUGCUGGAAGGUUUGAUGAGUCGUGCAAUUGCAACAGAAGCAUAGCCUGGGGGUGGAGUAACUUCAUAUCUCACAGCCAGCUGAGAAGGAGAAGCUUCCUGAAAAAUGAUGACCUUAUUAUUUUUGCAGAAUUUAAUGAUAUAAUUCACCUCAAUAACACUGAAGUUCCUGUUGGACCUGUGCAAUCUGCCCUCACAGAAGGCCUGGUUCUUGAAAGGCAGAAGAGAGCAGCCCAGGACAUGGAGCCCAUCCAAGACCAGCUGCCUUAUCUGCCAGAUCCAUGUGACCCAAACCCUUGUCAGAACGAUGGAGUCUGUGUGAAUGUGAAAGGAAAAGCAAACUGCAGGUGCCCAUCAGGACAAGCCUUCUUCUUCACUGGGGAGAGGUGUCAGUCAAGGCAAGUCCAUGGGAGCAUCCUGGGAAUGUCGAUUGGUGGAAUUGCUGGAACCAUUGUCUUAACUAUCGUCCUCAUUUCCAUGAUGACCAGAAGAUAAAGAACUGCAGGGGGCACAAAUUUCAACCUGGUUCAUAAGACACCCAUUUUCAAUGAAAAAUGAUGAAUGUAAUUUGGAGAAAACCAGUCAUCAUAUGGAUGAAAAGCUCUGACAACAGCUUGGCAGCAAUCCUUUUGUUUUCUGAGGGAUGUGGCAGUUAAAAUGUGUCAUGUAGAGCUGCUGUCUGAUGAAAAUUUAUACACGCCCUUUCUUGUGUGUAUUUUGAAAGUUUUUUUCUUCAUUCCAUAACAAGAAGUGUUGAGAGCCUAUGCCUUCACUCUCAGCCAUGGUUCAAAUUUAGAUUAAAUAACUGGUUGAACCUCUCCAAACACUGUUAAAAGUCACACCAAAACACCUGUAUUAAGAUUCUGGAAAUGUUCCUACAAAAAUUGCUCAAGGAUUCUGAAGGGUACAGAUACUUACGUAGAUCAGUACAGCAUCACUCCCUUUCGCUGGAGCUGUGCUGGUGUACUUACUCUAAUUAGCUAUUACACAGAAUUCAUAAACUCUUGCCCAUACCACCUUGCCCAUACCAAGCCAUCAUAAGUGCUUCUAACUGUAGAGAACAGUUUCCCAUCCUGAUUCACCUCAAAGUUCCAGGAACAGGUUCACCAUUGGCAAACAUAGGCCUGAUUCCCUGACAAUCAAACAGAACUGUAGCACGUGGCUGCAGUAUUUGAUAUUGACCUCAAAUCU